CGCGGGCCUAGGCCAGAGCGCGGAGCGGGGCGGCGCGGCGGCGGCGGCGGGGCGCGGGCCAUGGCGGGCUGCUGCGCAGGGCUGGCCGCCUUCCUGUUCGAGUACGACACGCCGCGCAUCGUGCUCAUCCGCAGCCGUAAAGUGGGGCUCAUGAACCGGGCCGUGCAGCUGCUCAUCCUGGCCUACGUCAUCGGGUGGGUGUUUGUGUGGGAAAAAGGAUACCAGGAAACGGACUCAGUGGUCAGCUCAGUUACUGCCAAAGCCAAGGGUGUGACUGUCACCAACACUUCUGCACUUGGAUUCCGGAUCUGGGAUGUGGCUGAUUAUGUGAUUCCAGCUCAGGAGGAAAACUCCCUCUUCGUCAUGACCAACAUGAUCAUCACCAUGAACCAGACCCAGGGCCUCUGUCCUGAGAUUCCAGAUAAGACGAAUGUGUGUAAGUCAGAUGCCGACUGUGUUGCUGGCUCCACAGGCACCCAUAGCAGCGGAGUCGCAACAGGAAGAUGUGUGCUGUUCAAUGAGACUGUGAAGACGUGCGAGGUGGCAGCCUGGUGCCCUGUGGAGUAUGAUGCACGUGCGCCAGAACCUGCUCUUUUAAAGGCUGCAGAAAACUUCACUCUUUUGGUUAAGAACAACAUCUGGUAUCCCAAAUUUAAUUUCAGCAAGAGGAAUAUCCUAUCCAACAUCACCACGACCUACCUCAAAUCGUGCAUUUAUGAUGCCAUAACAGAUCCCUUCUGCCCCAUAUUCCGUCUUGGCAACAUAGUGGCGAACGCAGGGCACAGCUUCCAGGACAUGGCUGUCGAGGGAGGCAUCAUGGGCAUCCAGAUCAAGUGGAACUGCAACCUGGAUAGAGCUGCCUCCCUCUGCUUGCCCAAGUACUCCUUCCGCCGCCUGGAUACCCGGGAUGUGGACCACAAUGUGUCCCCCGGCUACAACUUCAGGUUUGCCAAGUACUACAAUGACCUGACAGGCACAGAGCACCGCACACUCAUCAAGGCCUACGGCAUCCGCUUCGACAUCAUCGUGUUUGGAAAGGCUGGGAAGUUUGACAUCAUCCCUACCAUGAUCAACAUUGGCUCUGGCUUGGCGCUCUUAGGGGUGGCAACAGUGCUGUGUGACGUCAUAGUCCUCUACUGCAUGAAGAAAAAAUACUACUAUCGGGAGAAGAAAUAUAAAUAUGUGGCAGAUUACGAUCAGGGUCUUGGCAGUGAGUCAGACCAGUGAUGCCUGCCUCACACCUGGGCUCCCCACAGCCCUCAUCAAAGCAAAGCAAGGAGGGAGAAAAGGCUGCUAUGUCUAGAGAAAGUUCCAGAUUCUGAGUCAGUCUCCAGUCCCUAAGCACUUCGGAGUUGCCCAGCUGCUCCUGUGUUUUGUGUGGGGGGUUUGCACAGUAAACCACUCUGCACAGAGGUGACCCCCUGUCCUUGGCUGGGUUACCUCUGCUCUUCCUUCAACUUGGGGUCACUGGGGUGAGCUCUGGCCCAAGGGCAGUGACGCCACAGUGGCUUACAGGCCUGGAGUCUUCUCUAGGGCUGGCUUUCCUCAGAAACUGCCAUCUCCAGCCCCGGUCGAGGCAGGUCCAGUCCUCUGAGGCCCAGCAGCUCUGUUCAAGCUCUUUAUAACGAAAGGAAGGACCCUGGGCGUGGUCGCUAGACUUUUAGCGUGCCUGGGCUGCUGCUCCUCUUCCCCAACCAGAGAUUUCGUCCGUCCCUGCAAUCGUGAGGCAGUCAGUGUUUCUCCUCUGAGAAGAGCUAUGUUCAGAUGAUUGAGGACCAAACAUUAAAACAAAUGAUUUUCUUAA